GCUCCGCCCUCUAGCCAAUCACCGGCCCCGAAUCUCCUAUGGCCCCGCCUUCGGGCCCGCCCCGGCCCAGUCCCCGGCCUGGCCUGCUCCGGCCCCACCCUCGGCCCGCCCCGCUGUCGGUGCGCGGCGGCCGGGAAGGCACCGCCCGCAGACGCUCGGAACUGCCGACCCGAGAGCUACCCGUAGAGGGCCGGCGGCGGGAGCGGAGUGGGUCGGGCGGGGCCGAGCCGGGCCGGGGGCCGUGUGGGGGCCGGGCGGCGGCCGGGCCGGCGGACGGCGGGAUGGGCUGCACCGUGAGUGCCGAGGACAAGGCGGCGGCCGAGCGCUCCAAGAUGAUCGACAAGAACCUGCGGGAAGACGGAGAGAAGGCGGCGCGGGAGGUGAAGUUGCUGCUUUUGGGUGCUGGGGAGUCAGGGAAGAGCACCAUUGUCAAGCAGAUGAAGAUCAUCCACGAGGAUGGCUACUCAGAAGAGGAAUGCCGGCAGUACCGGGCGGUCGUCUACAGCAACACCAUCCAAUCCAUCAUGGCCAUUGUCAAAGCCAUGGGCAAUCUGCAGAUUGACUUUGCCGACCCCUCCCGAGCGGAUGAUGCCCGGCAGCUGUUUGCCCUGUCCUGCACCGCUGAGGAGCAGGGCGUGCUCCCUGAGGAUCUGUCCGGCGUCAUCCGGAGGCUCUGGGCCGACCACGGUGUGCAGGCCUGCUUUGGCCGCUCUCGGGAGUACCAGCUCAACGACUCGGCGGCCUACUACCUGAAUGACCUGGAGCGCAUCGCGCAGAGUGACUACAUCCCCACACAGCAGGACGUGUUACGGACCCGUGUGAAGACCACGGGCAUUGUGGAGACGCACUUCACCUUCAAGGACCUACACUUCAAGAUGUUUGAUGUGGGCGGUCAGCGGUCUGAGCGGAAGAAGUGGAUCCACUGCUUUGAGGGUGUCACUGCCAUCAUCUUCUGCGUAGCCUUGAGCGCCUAUGACCUGGUGCUAGCCGAGGACGAGGAGAUGAACCGCAUGCAUGAGAGCAUGAAGCUGUUUGACAGUAUCUGCAACAACAAGUGGUUCACAGACACGUCCAUCAUCCUCUUCCUCAACAAGAAGGACCUGUUUGAGGAGAAGAUCACACACAGCCCCCUGACCAUCUGCUUCCCUGAGUACACAGGGGCCAACAAGUACGACGAGGCGGCCAGCUACAUCCAGAGUAAGUUCGAGGACCUGAACAAGCGCAAAGAUACCAAGGAGAUCUACACGCACUUCACGUGCGCCACUGACACCAAGAACGUGCAGUUCGUGUUUGAUGCCGUCACUGACGUCAUCAUCAAGAACAACCUGAAGGACUGCGGCCUCUUCUGAGGGGCAGCGGGGCCUGGCAGGAUGGGCCACCGCCGACUCUGCUCCCCCCAGCUCCUGAGGAAGAUGGGGGCAAGAGGACCACGCUCCCUGCCUGCCCCCCACCCCCGGGCUGCUUUUCCCCUCUUUCCUCUCUCUGUUCUUGGCUCCCCUGUCCUCUCUCUCAGUUCCAGAGACUCGGGGGAGGAACUGCCACAGGCCUCCCUGUUUAAAGCCGGCCCUUGUCCUGGGUGCCGGAAAUGGCCGCGGUACCCCCUUCCCGGGCAUCUCUUCUGGUUUUAACAUUGUCUUAUUCUAUGAUGGGGGAGGGGAGCACAUGCUGAGUCUCCCAAGGCCUGUGUCUGGAGGGGCACUCACUUCUCCAGCCUGGGACCCCUGGCUUCGCUCAACACCAGCCCCUGACCCAGCCCAAGUCCAAAUGUUUACAGGGAGCCUCCUGCCCAUCCCGCCCCCUCCAGCCGCUCGGAGGCCCCAAAGGAAAAAGCACAAGAAGCGUGAGACGCCACCGUUCCUGGAGACUACAGUCCACUUGCUCAUUCUCGUAGCUUUUUAAAAAAAAUGAAAGUAAAGGAAAAAAAAAAGACAAAACUGCAAAUCUAGAAAACUUUUUAGAGAAAAAUUAUUUAAAACUGUCAAAUCCUGACCAGCACCCACCCAGCCCCCUUCCAGUGAUUCCGUGCCUUGAGUGUGUCUGCGUGUUUACACCCAUCCUUCUGCUGGCUACCCCACCUCCCCCGUGUGGGCGGCACUCCUGCCCUGCCCUGCCCUCCACAGAAUUGGGUUCCAAGGGCUGAUCCAGACAACUGCCAACGUCACCGAGGGCCCCAUCCCAGUGGCCCUGGGCCCUGGCUCCAUUAACCUAAAUGUAGCUCUUUAGCGCGCUAACCUAGGAACCGCCGCUGCCUGCUGAGGGCCUUGCCCCUCAUGCCCUUGCCCCAGGCCCGGGUCCUUCAGCGUUGAACACUUCCUUGCUUUUUUCACAUGUUUUAUGGAAUUGUUCACCUGGUUUGAAAUAAUAAAAUGUAGAAAGAAAAAAUACCAA